AUGUGGGAAGCUUCUCUUGAGGCUUUGUCAGCAAGGCCUGAGAUGGCGUUCGCCAUCGUGUUUGCUUUUCUCCACUGCUUCGCGAAUGGCAGGGAUGUCUUCCGGGGAGUUCGGCAGCAGAUAUCUGAGUGUUGCGCUGGUUCGAGGAGCAAAGAGGAAGCCGGUUUUGACCCCCACAAGGCUCGUGUGGAUAAGGCCGUGGAGCAUCAAAUUGAGAAGAACUGGAGUAUUGCGAGCCGCAUGACUCCUCACUGCGUACCCAUGAUUGUGCCACUGCUUCUUACGAGGCAGGACACGAAGGCCUUUCUGUUGCAAGCAUUCCUGGCGUACGUGGUGCAGACUUGCACAGCCCUCAAGAUUUUCACAAUGUCGGCGCGUCGAAUACGCCUCUUCGCACAGUUGUUUUACCUGAACUGGAUGCUGUAUGGUUGGGAGGCUCGCUUUUCAGACGGACCAGAGGCCUCCAUGAUGCUUUCCGCCAUGACUUUCUGCCGGAUCAUGCUGGUGGUGAUCCAAAUCGAGAGCCGUCUGCACAUCCCCGGUCAGACCGCCAUCACAGCUUCCCUGGUCCUGUCCAAGAUGCACGCAAGCGGCUGUAGCACGAGUGUUGCCUUUCUGGCGUUGUCCGAGGGCUUCACCUUGGUCAUGAUCAUCGCCCUGUCCAUCAUCUUGGAGUCGAGCCUAAGAGGCCACUUUGCAGCGCAGCUGAGGUCGACUGAUGCUGAGGCCAUGGUCUCCGGGUUCCGACGGAUGCUGCGCGGGAUUUGCGACGGUGAAGUCUUGCUGGAUGGCAGCCUUUGCAUCAAAGGCCGCAACACUUGCUUGCAGAGGAUCAUGUCAAGGCCAGUCGAUGUGAAUGCCCGCUUCCCGGACCUUCUCGUGGACUCCGAACAGGAGCACCAGCGCUUCCAGGAGUUCAUAAAGACCUCAUCGAAGAUGGAACUUGGGGAAGACGCAGCUGGCACUCCACCUUGUCUCCGGGUCUCUUUGCAAGGCCAUGCAGAAAUCAGCGUGGGCGUGGAUCUUUUCCACGUCCCUCUUGCCAAUCUUUACGGCUCGGGUGACACCUAUCAUUUGCUGGCGCUGAGGCAGGACAGCGAGCCUGGACCGAUCCCUGACGCACGUCCUUCCGACAUUCCGCGGCCGCUUCGGCACACUCCGCCUCCAGUCAGGACGUCUCAAAGGACUCCGGUUGCGUCGGUGUCAUCGUCCUCUGCGGCGUCCGCAGCAUCGUCAGAGGGCCAUGCACUUGUGCAGGCGCUACCUCAGCUCUCCGAGAUGUGUUUGCUGAUAGAUACUUCUUGCCGGCGACAAGUCGUGCAGCAAGUGCACAUCAACUACAAGCCGGCGACUUGUCCAGAAGAUCCCGGCAUGCCAAGUUUAAGGAAUUGGAUACGUCCCACGGACUGGGAUUCUGUACGAUCCAAGGUCAGGCGCUAUGCGGCCAACGUUGCGGAGUUUGCAGAGGAGAACCCGUCUGCUUUAGAGCCGUUGCGGCUCCGCAAGGCUGUGUGGUUCCGGUCGCCGGAAGACCAACAGAGGUAUAUAUUGGCCAAAAAGGCCACGAUUUCGGUGAACCGCUCGGCGAGGCUGCGAGGCAGCUCCUUGCCAAAGGUGUGGCUUCAUUUGGGCGACCUCAUGCAGGCAACUCGAACAGAACCCUCGGUUGCCAUGUCGGGCAUCAGCGAGCUUGAAGCAUGCUGA